AUGCGAUGCCCUAGGCUAAGUGAAGAGCAUAUGAGUAAAGUGUUUGAUUUCAAGUCUGAGGAUGUGUUUAAGCCUCUGAUGUGUUCUAUUAACGGUUACAUGAGUCCUGGGUGCUAUCAACUCAAGAAUUCUACUUUUUUGGUCGAUUUCAAACACAUGAAGUAUUGGUAUGAAGUUGAAGGAUACCUAAAUUCCACGGAAGGCGUUUUCCAUAUGUCAAAUGGAGGCGCUCAAUCUACUUUACCUCUGCUACUCUAUGCACAUGAGCCCUUAGGACACUAUAUGGGUCAGCGCUUUUUGAGCAAUCCUGAAGGGAAACAGCACAUCCUUUUAAUCGAUGUGGAGCAAAACAUCCCAAUAUCACGCCAGUGGGACUCGAAGGGUUACCCUUACCCCAUUCAAAUAGCACAAUUCGGUUUGGCCUACUAUAGUCGAUAUCUCACUCUGCAGAGUUGGAAGCCUUCCUCUCAUGCAUUCUCCCACCAAGUGGUGGUUGAUUUAAAGCUGCGAUUUGCCAACCGGCAAAAGGCGGGAUCCGUGAGCUACAAAUUGACUAGUGCGGAUUUGUCUCCUAAUCUGACCGCUCUCAUUACAAAGGGAGUCAAUUGGCCACGUGAAACACGACUCAUCAUCAAUGCUUCUCUGCCUCGAUCUUCUUGGAAGCGCGCUCAGAUCCACUUCGCCUGUUCUGAUACUUUUGGUGAAGGUAACAUCGUCACGAAUAAUAACUACUGGGCUUUGGGCUACAGUCAGUCAGUUGAUUUAAAAGUGGUGUUCUUCCAAAAGGACUGCCAAAAGGUUCUAAUUCUGCAAAAUCUUGAUAUGGUAUUCAAGAAGGCCAUUGACAGCAUCAACCGUGAGGCUAAAGUUAAGUCCAUCUUUAGCAGUUCUCUUCUUGGAUCUGAAAUAAAUAACCCAACGGUUGUCAACGGUGUAGAACUGCGGUAUCCUCAGCGAAAUAGCGGUAGAGACGAGUUGGGGGUGAUACAGGAGCUCCUUCUUUUCGUCCCAAUCAGGAAUGAGAGAAUGGAGGAGGUGGGGAGUGUGCGUCACCUGCUUGUGAACACAGAGUUUGCACGAGAGCGUUUCAUGGCUUCAAGUGAAUGGCUUGUGCAAAACCAGGCGCAGGACGGCUCAUGGCGAGUUCCCGUUAAACACGUCUUCACGCGCGACAUCUACCUCAAUCCCGGCUGGUGUUCUGCUAUGGGACAAGGUCAGGGAAUCUCCUUGCUGGUUCGUGCAGGCCAUGUGACCGGGGAGAAGAACUUUUUGGUAGCUGCUGGCCGAGCUCUUGAGGCCUUCAGCCGCUCUGUCCAACUGUCACAGGCCUCCGAUGAUGUAUGUGGCGUGCGGGCGAACUUUCUCGGUCAGAGCACGUUACCCUGGUAUGAGGAGUAUCCCGUCGUACCAAGUGCUUUCGUCCUCAACGGCUUCAUCUACUCUCUCAUAGGUCUCUAUGAUCUUUCUAAGGUGUCCAAUGUGAAUGGGAGCAAUGACUCUGUCACUGCAACGGCUUCACAACUGCUAGAGGAUGGAAUCAGUACGUUGGCGCAAGUGUUGCCGCUCUACGAUAGCGGAACAGGCUCGUUCUAUGAUCUACGGCACCUCAGCCUAGCGCAUGCCUUCCGCUUGACAUCUCACAUGGAGCGCUUGACGUGGAGCGAGCAAGGGAUUUUAAAAACGAAAAGUGGGACGCUGCAGGCUCUUCUUAAGGCCGGACCGAACCGAGCGCGAUGGCAAUAUCAUAGGAUUCACCUCUUACAACUUCACCAGCUCUCUGCAGUCAUUGCACCUCAGCAUGCUGAUCUUUGGCACAUCUAUUUCGAUCGAUGGCUAGCCUAUCUUUGGGGCUUUAGAUCCGGCCACAAUUGA